GUCAAUAAACAUGGCGGCGUUGCAGCAGUUCAAUCUUAUCACCAUGUGAACUUUGAAGAGUUUCCUUCUUCUGUUCGUAACUUUGGUACCAGCACAUAUUUAGAAUGUACGCAUUCAUAUUCGUUUAGUUUGAGCUGGGAUACAUGCGCGUUUCAUCGAGUGUUUGGUCCACAACGGGCGUAUUACAACAUGGCAGCGGUUUUAUCUCAUCGAUGGAAAAAAAAGGAGCAUAUAAAGGGUUUCGACCCUCCGAGGGUCAAACGUGUUUUUUGCUUGGUGUGUCGUUUUUAUCAUGCCAAAACUGAAUCACUGCAGCAUAUACAUUGUAUGAAACACCACAGAGAGCUGGAAUCAGCGCUGGGCAAUGUCUACUGUCAUGACUGCCAGGCAUGCAAUAUGUCCUCCAUGAAUAUCAGUCAAUACGCCAUACACAUGCGCACCGUUCAACAUCAAACCAAUUUGAACAAGCUAUACAAACAUAACGUCAAGGCCAAUUCACUUAACAAAACUCUCAGCCCAGAGACCAUCAAGAUGAUCAAGGAGAGGAACAAGAACCUAUCGAAAUAUGGGAAAAAAGAAGUGCGAAAGACUAAAAAGAAACAGAAACAAAUUGCUGGGCAGAAACGGGCGAAAACACUGCAAGAAGCCAGUCGACAAAACAACGCGGUGCACGCAGGUCCUGGUCCUAAUCGAUUCAAACAAGGGAACCAUACUGCUGUCGUCCAAAACAAGGAGAAUAAACUGCAUGAACACUUUGCCGAUAGAAGCAACCACUUUAAAAACGGCAGCCAGUUCGGGGGCGCCGAGGUCCCAGGGCCACAGAUGGUCCAAUAUUACGAUCAUGUGUACCAGCUUGAGCACAACAUCGAUUUCACUAGUGAUCAGCUCCCUGAGGUAGGAAGCCUUAUCUUCGACCAAGAUGAGCAUAGCGGAUCUUCUCAACCGCAGCAAAGUGCUUCUGUAACGCCCAAGUGCACGCCCCAUCCGGUUUCUAUAGAGGACAUGGACGUCAACAGCAUGCUAAAGGAAAUUAGACGGGCGCUUGGUGUAAGGGAGCCGUGCAGGGCGGAUCGGGAAGCCCGAAAACAGAGCGCCGCAGUGUCGGGAGCUCGGCCGUCAGAGGAUUGCUCGUCAAACUUCAACAAGAACGUCAAAACACCUCAAGGAAACGCCGUCAACCCUGCUGGUGGGAAACAAGUAUGCGACCCUGGCCCCUCAGUCAGCAAGGAGACAAGCCGGUCGCUUGGCUCCGCGUCCACAGUCGAGUCCAACGGGAGCAGUAGAGGCAAGGUUCGGAUCGCCCACAAAGCAACAGGAGAGGUCGGUGUGAGAAAGGUCAUCCCAAAGUCUCCCGCUUUGUCCGGGCCUAAAUUGAAUCAGAAGUCAAAGCAGACACACAAAGAGAUGAAAACCAACACGCAGAAGAGCAAAGAUGCGUUUCCAAGGUCUGGUAUUCAGAUGGCAAACCCCAAGCAUAACCAAACUCCAUCUGUCGCUGAUGACCUACCGCUCUCAGAGGGCUUCCACUGGGAGUCCCUCUUAAUUCCUGAUCCUCAUCCUCCUCGCCAAGGCUCGCCGGUGAGUGCGCCUCAUGCGGCGACCCAGCCAGAGUCGGGGACACAAGCACCAAAUGUCGAGCACCCGCCUCCAACUGCAGCCGUCUCUGUCAAAGUGGAACCCAAGAAUGAGAUUGAUGGCGCCAGGAAGAGGAAAUGCCAAGAAUCACAAGAUGAUGGUGUUUCUAAUCAGCAAGCAAAUGUUAAACGGAAGAAAACUACAUUGAUUAAGGACCAGAACCAAAUGGACCAACUUUUAGCGGUGUCACUCAAGGAGGAAGAGCUGAGUUGCUCGCUGCAAGAUUUGGACAAGUCUCUCGGCCUGGCCCGCAAUGCCUUACAGGUCGCCUACACAGAAGUGCAGAGGCUCAUGAUGUUGAAGCAGCAGUGCUCUACAGAGGUGGACGGUCUGAGAGCGAGGCGUAUUGAGAUUCUACAGGGGAUGCAAGAAGUGUAUUCUGCAACCUCUAAUGGGGUGCAGGUAGCCACUCCAUCAUCAGCGGGAUCCACUCAGAGGCCAUCUUCUGGCGUCCUUGCCUCUCCCGCCAACAGCCCUCAGACGCCCUUCACCAGCCAGCCUCCUCUCGCCGGCCUGCCCACGCCAACCACUACAGUUAAACAAGAACCCAUGAACCUGCCAGCUUUACAUCACCCCCAUGCCCAAAUGAACGACGUCAACACACUAACAACCUAUCCUGUGUUGCUGCCGUCACCUCCUACUCGGGCUUCACCCAUUGUGGUUCCUCCCACAUCGGCUGUUUGUAAACUAACCAAGUGUUCAGCACCUGUGACUCCGUCCUUGUUUGCUAAGUCCUCCUACAUGGAUGCGGUGAAGAGGGAGCAUCUUUCGAAAGGGGAAGUUAUCCAAAUGAAUUCUGAGCAUAGGUAUGAAGAACAUCCCUCCGCAGAACACAUACAAGUCAAUGAGCGUGAGGGCGGUAGGCAUGUACCGUCUACCAUGGCAGCGUAUGGUGACAAAGGGGAUGAUAGCGAUGAUUUAGUGGAGGUAAUGGAUUCCUCCAAAACGGUCGUUAUCGACGUCGAUGAAUCCGAGAACGAGGACUCACCUGAUAGUGGGCCCUUAAAGAGGCCAGGUCUUCAAGAGGCGCCUCAGAAGUGUGUCGGUGUGCAGCGCAGUUCCUCAAGCACAUCGACUUACCAGCAACACAAUGUUUUUAAUAGGCAAACCGCAGGUCCUGUUGUGUCUGGAAGUGAAACCACUCCUCCUCCAGUGGCUGUUAAGGUGACAGAAGAGGAGGAGCUAGAGCCAUUCUUGGGAGAAUUUUCUAACCACACAGGCUCCGUUCAUGGCCUGCAAAUCCACGAGGGGCUCUUGUACACGUGCUCAGCAGACAACACGGCGCGGGCUUACAGUUUGGCGAACUGGGAAUGCCAAGCAGUGUUUGAGGGACACACAAGCAAAGUCAACUGUCUGCUGGUCCCCCCUAUUCCCAGCAAGCCAGCACGACUGUACACAGGGUCCAGUGAUGAGACGAUUCGCUGCUACAGUUUAAAGUCUAAGAAAUGCCUGGAAACCAUUAAGCUUGCCGACCGAGUGCUGUGUUUGCACACUGCCUGGAAAAUUUUGUUUGCUGGCCUCGCGAAUGGAUCAGUGGCCAGCUUUAAUUUAAAGACUCUGAAAGCGCUGAAUGUGUUCGAGUGCCAUGGCCCCCGAGGGGUCAGCUGCCUGGGCACGUCACAGGAGGGCGCCCGCCGGGUGCUGCUGGUGGGUUCCUAUGACAGUACCAUCAGCGUACGGGACGCUAAGAGCGGUUUGCUGCUACGCUCGCUGGAAGGCCACACCAAGACGGUUCUCUGUAUGAAGGUGGUGAACGACCUGGUGUUCAGCGGAUCCAGUGACACGUCCGUUCACGCACACAACAUACAUACGGGUGAGUUGGUGCGGAUCUACAAGGGUCACAGUCACGCUGUCACAGCCAUCGUCAUCUUGGGGAAAGUGAUGGUGACCGCCUGUCUGGACAAACUGGUCCGGGUUUACGAGCUCCAGUCCCACGACCGCUUGCAGGUGUACGGCGGUCACAGUGACAUGGUGCUGUGCAUGGCUGUCCAUAAGAGUGUGAUCUACACAGGUUGUUACGAUGGAAAUGUUCAAGCUGUUAAACUCAACCUGAUGAAGAACUACCGCUGCUGGUGGCAAAAUUGCUCCCUGAUUUUCGGCAUGUCAGAACAUCUGGUCCAGCACCUCAUGGGAGACCACUCCAACCCCAACCUGCGGACUUUCAAAUGUCGCUGGAAGGUCUGCAGCGCCUUUUUCUCCACGCCGCAGGCGAUAAAACAGGAUCUUCCUGAGCACAUGCGAAGUCACGUCAAUGCAGAAAGUAAGGUGGACACAUGAGGAGUGAAGGACUGAAGCAGCAGUAUUUUUAAAAUACCUCAUUUCCUGUUAUAAUACUUAAGUUAACACUUCAAUCCUACAAUAAUAAACACAUUUCUUGACCUAGUAAUGUACACUGGCGGGUCGGGCUGCCAAGAAUAAUUCAAAUAAUCAAUACAGGGAAACAUCCGUUCUGUGACGCAUUUUAUUUGUUUAAAAUCAGAGUAGGUUAAAAGACCAAAUGGUCCUGAGGGUUUUUAAAAGUGUAUUCAUGUAAGUGAUGCGUAUUAGUGUGCAAUUAACAUAUACAUAGACAACUGCUUGUCUUUUCAGAAAUAAGAGACAGUAAAAGUAAAUGUUGAUGGCAUAUUAAUUAAUUCACCAGGAAAAUGUUUUUUUCUCAUCAUAUCACCUUUUACUGCAAAACUCCAAACAUUAAAAUAAUAGGUCUGAGGUCUGAAGUCCACUUUCUUUCUGACUUGAUGCAUGGAGAUGAUUAGGAAUACAUGGUCAGCUGAAGCCACUAGAGAAAAAUAGAAAUACAUUAUCAGAAUAUAAACAUUUGUAUAUAUAUAUAUACAGUACAAAAGUUUGGACACACCUUCUCAUUCAAUGUGUUUUCUUUAUUUUCAUGACUAUUUAAGAAAAGUGUCAAGAAUAUAAUAGCAAUAAAAAAUAGGUUAUUAAAGCAUUAUACAUUUAUAAGACUAUAUUGUGCCCCACCUCCCAGGGGGUGGAACAAGGGAAUGGGUCAAAUGCAGAGAGUAAAUUCACCACACCUAGUGUGUGUGUGUGUGUGACUACCAGGGGUACUUUAACUUCAUACAGUAUGAGUCAUUUGUAAUUUUCCAAAGUACAAUAAUUAUUACUUUGAAAAAAUAUAUACAGUACAGGCCAAAAGUUUGGACACACCUUCUCAUUCAAUGCGUUUUCUUUAUUUUCAUGACUAUUUACAUUGUAGAUUGUCACUGAAGGCAUCACAACUAUGAAUGAACACAUGUGGAGUUAUGUACUUAACAAAAAAAAAGGUGAAGUAACUGGAAACAUGUUUUAUAUUCUAGUUUCUUCAAAAUAGCCACCCUUUGCUCUAAUUACUGCUUUGCACACUCUUAAUAAUAAUAAUAAUAAUAGAUUGUAUUUAUAAAAAGCACUUUACAUUGAGUAAACAACCUCAAAGUGCUACAGUGUAUUAAAAAAAAGAUAAUAAAAAAAA